GAGCAGUGACUCGCGGGCGGAGCAGGAAGGAAACCGCUCCCGAAAGCGGCAGCGUAGUCUCCUGACCGUGCAGCUGCCGCUACCACCGGCUCGUUUGUCUGCAUAUCCGUCUGCCUGCAGCAUGAGCGGCCUGCGCGUCUACAGCACGUCGGUCACUGGCUCCCGCGAAAUCAAGUCCCAGCAGAGUGAGGUGACCCGCAUUCUGGAUGGGAAGCGCAUCCAAUACCAGCUAGUGGACAUCUCCCAGGACAACGCCCUGCGGGAUGAGAUGCGAGCCUUGGCAGGCAACCCCAAGGCCACCCCACCCCAGAUCGUCAACGGGGACCAGUAUUGUGGGGACUAUGAGCUCUUCGUGGAGGCUGUGGAGCAGAACACACUACAGGAGUUCCUGAAGCUGGCUUGAACUGAGCCAGUUCCUGGUCCCUGCUGGACUCAGCACCACAUUCUCCCCACAGACCUCGCCCCGCCUUGAAGGACCCCGUGACCAACUUCUGUCGACCCUAACCUGAUCUUGAAGUCCCUUCCCCCAACCUAGGCCCCUUCUUCCUCUUUGUAGCCCCCUCUCCUCCAUUCAAAGGCAACAUUCCUUUACCCACUAGUCUCAAAAAUUGUCUUAAGCAACAGCCUAAAAGGCUGUUCUUCCCAGCCAGGCCUUGGGGCUGCCACCCUGUCUGGCACUGGCUGAUGGGUACUUCUUUUGGUUCCAUUAGUCAGAGCUCUGCCAAAGGCCCCGCAUUCCCUCUCCUGGGAGUACCUUAGAGACAAUUAAAUGCCCAUUCCACUGGCA